AUGGACACGAAAGCACAUGGUGCUCAUCCUGAAGCCAAUAAUCCUUCUGUUCGCUAUUCCUAUAUCGAUUCCGAACCAGGGGUCCUCUGGCUCAUCAUUCGCUGGUGGUCCGGCGGCGAAUCAGACUACUACUUCGAUUUCAUUGACCAUCGCACUCGUGGCAUAGUGACGCCUCCAGCCGACCUUACGGUGAAGGUCAACGAGCUCUUUGGUUCCAAGACUCGCGAGAUGGCUCAGGCUGGUCGCUCUGGACAGUUCCUUGGAUCGUCCUCCGCCCUUUUCCCUGGACAAUCGAUGGGCGACUUGUAUUUCCAAGAUUACUUCACAGCAGGUCCACCCGCACCCCCCAACUUCUAUGCGAGAGCCCCUGGAGGACAACAGGGAGCAGCUUGGGCGUGGACAGGCCCCGGACCAAUCCUCAACUCCGUAUUUGUUGACGAUCAAGGUGAUUGGCUUAAUGGGGGUAUCAAUGCUUUAGGACUGCUAGGGUUAACAAUGUGGGUGAUCGGGGGUGUGCCCGUGUGGGGGUAG